CGCAAUGUUCUGCGUAAGAUCAAUAUAGAGUCUGCUCUCGUCUCCAUUGAUGACUUCUUCAACCGAUAUCCUUUCUUUGUUGCUGGUUGCACAUUCAUUUGGUUAGUUGUCAUACCCCUGACUGAACAGUAUUUUAAGAAAUAUAAGUUUAUUUCGGCCAUCGAUGCUUACCGAAAACUUAGAGAUUUGCCCAAUUCACAGUUGUUGGAUAUCAGAAAGAAACAGAGCAUAAAUUUUUUGAGCUCUCCAAAUUUGAAGGUUUUGAAUAAGAGUGUGGUUCAUGUUGAAUUUGUUGAGGAAGAAGAGGAGGGAUUUGCAAAGGAGGUUUUGAAAAGAUUUCGUGAUCCCGCCAAUACUACUCUCUGUGUCCUCGACAAUUUUGAUGGAAAUUCUCUGAAGGUAGCCGAACUGUUGUUUAAAAAUGGCUUUAAAGAGGCAUAUGCAAUCAAGGGUGGACUUCGAGGAAAGGAUGGAUGGCAGGCCAUUCAAGAAACACUUCUUCCACCAUCUAUGCAUGUUCAUCCUAGCAAAAAGGACAAGUCAACCAUUCCGCUUGAGAAAACCAGUGAAAGGAUAAACGAAAAGAAUAAUGGCAAUGGUCAAGCACCAUCUUCCAGCAUAAAGCAAGAACAUAAACAGAAUAGUGAAAAUGGAUGCAUAAAACCUAUGGAAACAUCUCCAGAAGCAAAACUGGCGAAUGGAAGACCACUGUCACCUUAUCCAAAGUACCUAGACUUGAAACCGCCUUCAUCUCCCAGUCCAUCCAAACCCGAAAGUUGAUGCAGCAACUAAUGUGUUAUAAUUGCAGUUUUUGUGCACACAUUUCUGCAUUAGCGCUCAUAUUGGCUUGGCUAAUUGCAGCAGGAAAGAACUGCAGGAGGAAGCCAGUAUCUUCUUGGGUGUUUCUGCUUGUAAUUCCUAAUGUUCAUGAGCUCCUAGUGUGAGCGAGUAUUUUGUGUAAUUUGUUGAGAAUGAGAAAAUUUAUGGAGCUGCCGUUCUGUAACUUUUUUGUGAAUGACAAUAAUAAGAUUAAUUCAAAUUUUAGUAAGCCACAGAAGAGGACUGGAUUGGGUAAA